AUGAAGGUCCUUCAGCUCGGCGGCAAUGGAAACCUUGGCUCGAGGGUCAUACCGGCUCUGCUUGCCCACGGCCACAGAGUAAUCGCCUACGUUCGAUCACCAUCAAAACUCCGCAACAUUCUUCCAGCAGCAGUCAUCGAACGCAUCACCAUCAUGCAAGGAGAUUCUCUCGACACGGACGCAGUUGCUGACGCCUUACGCCAGAACGACUGCGACGCUCUUGUCAACACCUCAGGGACUAGACAACCGCGCGGACAAGAACAAAACCUUGGCAAAAUAGUUGCCUCAGUCACAGGCGCCGCAAUCCAAGUUGGAAAGGAGAGAGGUCGACCGAUCCGCGCGUGGAUCAUCGGAGGCAUGAGCUCGCUCAACUAUCCUGGCACGUCAUAUCAGAUCCAGGACUAUAUGCCAGCAUGGCUGAUCGACCAUCAACGAGGUGUCGAAGCAGCGGUGAAGGACUUGUCGACAGCGGAUGUCCAGUGGUCCUUGUUGUGCGUGGCAAUGAUGUCUCCAGCACAUAGCGAAGUCGAAGCCCUGGUCGAACCAAGAAAGCACAAUUUACUUGUUCAAUCGUGGAACCCCCCCGCCUGGCAAGAUCACUGGAUCCGAUAUAUGCCCUUUCUUGGUGUCUACCUCAACCUCGUGCCUGCCAUUUCCAGCUAUACCACGAGGCUCGAAGAUGUUGCGGAUCUAAUCGCCGAAGACCUGGACAAGCAGAAGUCGGAAUGGGUCGGAGAAUUCGUUGGCUUCAAGGCACCGAAAGUCGAGAAAUCAUCGUAG